GUGUCUGUCCGCGCCGGGGCCGCCGCCUCCAGGCAGCCCGCAGCUCCCCGGCAUCCGAUCCUUCCGCACGCAGCGCCCUCUCGGCGGCAUUGGCGCGAUGUUUUGCUUCCUAAAGGGAAUGGCUUUGGUUCCCUUCCUGCUGGUGACCUGGUCGUCUGCCGCCUUCAUCAUCUCCUACGUGGUGGCCGUGCUGUCUGGGCACGUCAACCCCUUUCUCCCCUACAUCAGUGAUACAGGAACAACACCUCCAGAGAGUGGGAUUUUUGGAUUUAUGAUCAACUUCUCUGCAUUUCUUGGUGCAGCCACGAUGUACACAAGAUAUAAAAUCGUAGAGAAGCAAAACCAAACUUCGUACUUCAGCACGCCUGUUUUUAACUUGGUGUCAUUAGCCGUUGGACUGGUGGGAUGUAUUGGAAUGGGCAUUGUAGCCAAUUUCCAGGAGCUGGCUGUGCCAGUGGUCCACGAUGGGGGCGCCCUCCUGGCUUUUGUCUGCGGUGUCAUCUACACGGUUUUGCAGUCCAUCAUCUCUUACAAAUCGUGUCCACAGUGGAACAGCCUCUGGACCUGCCACGUACGGAUGGUCAUCUCUGCCGUUUCCUGCGUAGCUGUCAUCCCCAUGAUUGCCUGUGCCUCACUCAUUUCCAUAACCAAGCUGGAAUGGAAUCCGAAAGAAAAGGAUUAUAUGUACCAUGUGGUGAGUGCCAUCUGCGAGUGGACCGUGGCCUUCGGUUUUAUCUUUUACUUCCUCACAUUCAUCCAAGAUUUCCAGAGUGUCACCCUAAAGAUAUCUACAGAGAUCAAUGGUGAUGUCUGAAAAAAGAAGAGUUCUGUCUCUGUCUCCCUCAGGGAAUGUCCCAGACAAGUUGGAGAGGUGCAGAAGACCAGCAGGGUCUGGACUCCGCCCUGAGGCCGGUCCAGGACUUGAAUGUCAUUAAGAAUUCCCCGUAGUGGUUCUGUCCCCAAAGGCACGUUUCCCUGGAGAAGGCACGGACGCACCCGGCACUUGGAGCAAUGCAUCAAUGCCUUUCUAGGUAGACACUCUUUCAUAUCGACAUUUGUACACAGGAGAGAGAAGAUGUUACAGGAAAUGCAAAGAUCCUAUUUUUGUACUGAGUUUACAGGCUUUUGUCUGUGUAUGAGUACUCUAAGGUGCUUACGUAGUGUUGAGGGCUCAUUUUUACAUUGUAUUUAUACAGAAUGUAGUAUAGGAUUUUUUUUUUUUAAAUCACGAGAGCAUUUGUAAAAUUCUACUUAGAGUGGUCAUGCACCCAAAUCUCAAAAAUUUAUUUAAUAACGGAACACUAAGUUACACUGGCUUUUAGUCAAGCUGAGCAACAGAGGCCCGCCUUCCUGCAUCACUGCCCACGCACCUCCUCUCUCAGGCACCAUGGGAGGCCACGUCUUCACGUCCCGCCGCCUCGUUGCUCCGUGCGCCCAGGACCGCGAGUUGGCAGUGUGUGGCGGAGGCAGGUCCAGCUGAGUCACCUGGCAAGGCAGACUAGGAGCCGCAAGUCCUUCCUCUCUGGUUCCUGGCGUAUGGCUGCCACGCGGCCCACGCCAGCGCACACGCCCCUGAGAGCCGUGGCCGGAACUUGGCAGGUGCAGGAACUUGGCAGGUGCAGGAAAGUGGCCGGUGGCAGGUGCACCGGAUUCGCUCCUCCUCUGAGUGCCUGUGGCUGCACACCCCGGAGCAGCGUGGGACCUUCGAGCCAGGCCCUGGGGGCCAGCCCAGCCUCCAGAACACACCCAAGUCACCAGCGACAGGUGGAAAAACCAAACACCACCCCAAACCACAAACCCGUAAGGGGAACGUCGGUGCUGAAAGAGCGCAGGGGUGAGACUGGCUGGUCAGCCCCCUCUGCCAUGGCCUGCCCUGCCUCCUCUGAGUGUCGCACGGUGGGAAGCCACUAAACGUGUCCCGAUGUGCUGUAACUGGUGAUGCUGCAGUUCCCCGUUGUCACACUGAAACCCAAAGACACUGACCGACGCCGCGUCAAGCCUUCACCCGCCGAAAGAGAGAAUGUACCUGGUCCGUGGAACCUGCAGUGGAGUGAGUCCACGCGUGUGUCUGGCUUGGAGCAGGUAUCACCUGUCAGCAUUAAACUGUCACGUGACCGUGUUUGCACAUCCCUCCCUAUAGUUAGACCGGAAGCCCCUGUGGGCAGACGAAGUGACCUUUGUAAACCCAGCGGUUCGCACAGUGCCUCCUUGCAUCCCAUAGGUGCUUAAUAAAUAUUCAUUGCCUACGUGCAUGAAUACAUGCAUAAACCUCUGAAAGACCAUCUGGAGUACUGCCUCGUGUGUGAGCCCUGUUUGAUGAUUUUGUUUUUGCUUCCUGAACGGUGCCGCUGUUUGGGUCUCCCCGCGCUCCAAUGACAACUCUCCCCGAUGUGGACAAGUUACACAGAGUUACAGGGACUGGACGGCACACCUGCCUGGGCAAACUGAGAAGGGCAAAAGCCAGAGUGUCCCAUUCUGCUGACUCCAUGCAACUGGUAAAGCUGGCCAAAAAUCACCUUUUGGGAUUAUUUUUGUUUCCCAUGAAUUUGUAUUUCCUUGGACCUCACGGAUGGAAGAGUAAAAUAAAAGGAAAUAUUUAUUUUA